AGCAGCAUGGCGUCCAGGGCCAAAAGGCGAGCGGUGGGCAGUGGCGUCCCGCGGCCUCCGGCAGCGCGGACGGCGCGCGAGGAGGAGGAGGAGGAGGAGGAUGACGUCGAGGACGAGGACAGUGACGAGGAAGACAGUGACGAGGACGAGGACGACGAGGUCAUUGACCAGGAAGUGAAUAUUGAAUUUGAAGCUUAUUCCAUCUCAGAUCAAGAUCAUGAUGGAAUUAAGAAGUUAUUGCAGCAGCUUUUCCUAAAGAGUCCUGUGAACACAGCAGAACUAACAGAUCUCUUGAUUCAACAGAACCAUAUUGGGAGUGUGAUCAAGCAAUCAAAUGUUUCAGAAGACAGUGAUGAUGAUGUGGAUGAAGAUGAGAUUUUUGGCUUCAUAAGCCUUUUAAACUUAACUGAAAGAAAGGGUACCCCGUGUGCUGAACAAAUUAAAGAGUUGGUUCUAAGCUUCUGUGAGAAGAACUGUGACAAGAGCACGGUUGAGCAGCUGGACAAGCUUUUAAACGACACUGUCAAACCUGUGGGCUUUCUCCUUAGCGAAAGAUUCAUUAACGUCCCUCCGCAGAUUGCUCUGCCCAUGCACCAGCAACUCCAGAAAGAACUAGCAGAGGCACACAGAACGAACAAGCCUUGUGGGAAGUGCCACUCCUACCUGCUGAUUAGUAAGACAUUUGUGGAAGCAGGAAAAUCCAGUGCCAAGAAGGGGCACAACAGCCCAAAGCAGGGUGUGCUGAUGUUCGCAAAUGCCGAGGAAGAGUUUUUCUAUGAGAAGGCCGUCCUGAAGUUCAGCUACUCAGUGCAGGCGGAGAGUGACACGUGUCUGGGAGGCCGAUGGUCUUUUGAUGACGUCCCAAUGAAGCCCUUGCGGACUGUGAUGCUAAUUCCAGGAGAAAAGAUGAAUGAAAUCAUGGAAAAACUGAAAGAACAUCUAUCCAUCUAGUCCAUUUCCCCUGGACAGUGAUGGGUUUGUUUUUACAGAAUUACAAGAAAACCCAGUGGAGAUUUACCAAAAAAAACCUCAUGACUUUAUUCAGAUUCAAGUCCUCUACAAAACGUAGGGUUUUGUUCCAUGUGUCUGUGACACAUUUAUGAGAUGCUGUUUUAAAAUUUUUGGUCAAAUAAUGAUUAAAAACUUAAGAAAAACAUGGAGUAGUAACUUUAGGAACUCAAUUAAAAAAACCUUUUUUUAAA